AUGGCGGCUGCUUCAGAAUAAACGUAUGCAAGGGAAAAUUAACAACGCUUUGUUUCAGCGAAAAUUCCAGUAAUGCCCGUUCAAAUUGUGCUGUGGACGAACCGCUGUGUGGUAAAUAAUGUGCGAGACGAAUAUUAGGGAUAUUGAAGGUACAAUUUAGGGUGAAAAUUGUCCGGUUGUAAUCAAAUUUUGCAGUUUAGUCCUGGCGAAUUAUCCGAGGUCGUCAGCGGCGGGUGGGUACGGUGUGUGUGAACAGGAUCGGAGGGGAGUUAACGACGCGACAGGAAAAGCAUAUCGCUAAAUUUUGUCGAGUACAGAUUUUCACCUGAGUUUGUUUACACCUUUCCAGGUUUAACGAUUAUUUCAUUUCAUGAAAUUUCGAUUGUGUGAGCUCCGUCGAAGUCUUCAAUGCCCAGCAGGGAAGGAAAACGGAUUUUAAAACCGGAGACAAGAAGUUGUUUGUAAAAACAAAACGUCCCAUAUUUUUUACACCAGAAUGUGUACAAUGAGGUCUGUGUUCCAUCUGUAGCCGUCCUCAUUUAGACGGCAGAAAUGUCAGGUCGCAAGAAGAAAUUCCCCCGAUUUAAAGGCGAGGCAGAGUAUGCCAUAGAUGAAGUGACAAUGCGUCGAGGCCGAGGACGACCCAGAAAAGAUGGACACUCGCCUGUACCCAGGAGACGAAGACCUAUCGGUGACGACGAUGAUGACAGCAGCAGCGUAACCAUGGAUUCCUCCUCCCCGGCCCCAGACACCAUCCCCGUCCUGCAUCUCAAGGCGACAGAGGGCGCCCCGGGCGAGUUUGACAACCAGACGGCGUCGUGCGGCUCGACGGACGGCAUGGACCUGGAUCAGCUUGACUCCAGCUACGAGAGGAUGAUGACAGACGCGGAUCUAGCCCUGAAUCAGCCCGAGAACGAACCUCAUCCACAGGCAAGUCAAGGCAUGCUGUGCUCGCUAUGCUGCUGCGGAGAGAAAAGCCUCCUGGGCCAGGGUGACCUUCUCAGAUUUGACCCCACCCCAGGGUUCAACCCUUUCAGGAAAACGCAACCACGUCAACGGAAAAUGGCCGAGGAAGACGCCCCCUACAACCCGAACGACAGAAGUCCGAAGCACCUAACAUGGAGGAGGGCAAGAGGACCGUCCAAAAUGCAAAAGGAGAAGAGUAAGUCACCGCGUAGAAUACCCCCAGAUAACCUGGAAUCGGGCUCCCCAGGGGUCGAUGAACUCGGCAUGGUCGGCCACCAAGAUGAACCUGAUGUCCACGUCACCUUUGAACUUUCAGGUCACACUACAGCUCAUCAUUGCUGCGCUGCAUGGUCGGACGGAGUCUGUCAGAAUGAGAACUUCCAACUCCUCAAUGUGGACAAAGCAGUCUUUGCUGGAACCAACCAGCGCUGUACUUACUGCCGGCGGUUCGGGGCUACCAUCUUCUGCAUGGAGACUGGCUGUAAAAGGGUCUACCACUAUCCGUGUGCUGCAAGCAGUGGCUCAUUCCAGGGAAUUAAAUCACUGGCCCUGCUGUGUCCUGAACAUCUAGACCUCUGUGAAGAUAAAGUUGACGAGGACGAGCUGGAGUGUGUCAUCUGUGAAGCCCCAGGUACCCUUCAAGACCAGCUGUUCUGUACAAGCUGUGGUCAGCACUACCAUAGUACCUGCUUAGAUCCUCCAGUUGUCGUCACUCCUGGGGUGCGAGCUGGCUGGCAGUGUCCCAAUUGUAAAAUAUGCCAAACAUGCAGACAACCGGGUGAUGAUAACAAGAUGCUGGUGUGUGAUACAUGCGACAAGGGGUACCAUACCUUCUGUCUACGCCCUGCGAUGACUACAAUCCCUAAACACGGCUGGAAAUGCAAGAACUGUCGUGUUUGUGGUGACUGUGGUGCUCGUACUCCUGGCAGUGGUCCCAGCUCACGGUGGCAUCAUAAUUACACAGUGUGUGACUCAUGUUACCAGCAGCGUAACAAAGGCUACUUCUGCCCGAUAUGUGGCAAGGCGUAUCGGCAUCACACCACACACAAAGUCAUGGUGCAGUGUGAUCUAUGUAAAAGGUAUAUACACGCAGAUUGUGAUAACAGUGACGUGGUGACAAAUUAUCAGCAGAUGAGAGCUGCAGGUCAGCGCUGUAGUUAUGAAUGCCGAGACUGCAGACAGAGACAGUCCAACCUGGAGAUCGGUUCCAGAUUCUCAGAGACAAGAUCAAGUUCCACGACGCUAUACAGCGAUUCAAGCUGUACGGAAGCUGGAGAUAAAGAGACAACAUUCACACCAAGGAGAAGUCCAGCCACCGCAAGAUCGUCACCUCGUCACAGCAUUGUGAUGGAUGACCCCCUGGCGCUAUCUCACGACUCUAUAGCCAGCGUGUCCACACAAAAUGAGGACAGCCUCAGCAGUAUGGACACUGACUUUAUGGGAGGGGACGAACUCAAGAGAGCAGAGGACUUUGCACCGAUCAGUAGAAAAGUCAGUUCAUCAACAAGCCACGCCCACUGGCCCCAUGCAGGAGGCGGGAAGCCUCUUGAUAAACUCAGCCAGCUGGGACCCUUUGGUCGUAAGAAAUUUGGAGUCGGAAGACCACGGGGAAGGGGCGGGUUUGUUGCAAGGAAGAGGGGUCGUCAUAGUGCGGGGGCCAAGCGAGGGCCUAAACCGAAGAACAAACUCAGCGCACUCUUACCCUCCUCACAGGUAAUACCGCAAACACUCAAGGCCAGGCGAUAUAGUAACCUAUCCUUCACAGUAGACAACAGCGUAGAGAAGAAAGCCAGUAAAGAUGAUGAAGAAGAUACUACAAUGCACACCACAGUCGUUCUCUUCUCAUCCAGUGAUCGCUUCACUAGCACACAGGACAUGUGUGUGAGUUGUGGUAGUUUUGGUUUGGGGCCAGAGGGUCGUCUCUUGACGUGUUCACAGUGUGGACAAUGUUAUCAUCCGUACUGUGUCAACAUCAAGAUCACCAAGGUUGUUCUAUCCAAGGGGUGGCGCUGUCUGGACUGUACAGUCUGCGAGGGGUGCGGUAAAGCCAGCGAUGAAGCCAGACUCUUACUGUGUGACGACUGCGACAUCAGCUACCACACCUACUGCCUGGAGCCUCCAUUACUCACAGUCCCAAAGGGCGGAUGGAAAUGCAAAUGGUGUGUAUGUUGUCUGCACUGUGGGUCUACCACACCAGGCACACAGUGUGAAUGGAUGAAUAACUACACUCAGUGCGGCCCCUGCGCAAGUCUCGUCCAGUGCCAUGUCUGUCUCCUCAUGUACGUAGAUAUGGAACUCAUCUGCCGCUGCUCACACUGCGAAAGAUGGUUACAUGCGGCCUGCGACGGCAUGGAAAAAGAAGAAGAAGUGGAGAGAAUCCUCGACAAGGGCUACGUCUGUCUGAUGUGUCGUCCCCACACCAAGCUGCCCGAACCUGUAUUAGCAAUAGAAAACAUCCAACCCCUAGUUCCUGUUACCAAAUCAACUGAAAUCCAGUCCACUCCCAAGCAGUUUUCUGUCGAGGGUGUGUCCCUGACCGAGUCCGGGUUCAGACAUUUCACUAGUCUGUCGUCCAAGAAGUCGCACAGCCGACGCCCCUCUCUUAAAUCCGGCAGCCUGGCCAUUCUGCAGAGCCUGGCUGACCCCAACUCUGAGAUCUCAGUCCUUGCCGAGAAGGAGUACAGUGGGGGCAACAUUCACAAAGAAAUAAAAGAGAAGAGAAGAGAAAGAACGAAAUCAGAGAGCAAAGAAGGAAAGCACCAUCAUCACCAUCACCACCACCACCACCACGAAAAGGACAAGAAGAAAAAGCACCGCAGCGCCUACAAACUUGGUGUGGGUGGUUUCACAGUUCGGCCGGUCAACAAGUUUGGCUACAAUCAAGUGGGUCGUGCUGCGUAUAGCAGGAGCAUGUCUGAGGGCGCUAUUCAGAAACAUCGCCCUGAAGCUUUGGAAGCAAACACAGAAAGUGAGCGGAGUAGUUUGGUGAGUCCCACGGACCUUCCCGGUAACUUUGAGAAGAAGAAGAGAAGACGGAGGAAGAAGUCAAAUCUUCAGAACAGCUUUCCCUCUUAUCUCCAGGAAGCCUUUUUCGGCAAAACCCUGCUAGACUCUAGCCGGAGAAAAGACGGCUUGGAGAUUUCCGAUGAUGACAGUCGGCCACACAUCGCCAAGAAGGAGCCAGAGGGGGCUGCAAGCCUGAAGAGCCCAACGACCAAAGCCUCAUCGAGCACCUCAGCAGAGCUGUUACAUGGAAGUCAUCAAGCUCACCAUAACACCACAAACUCUGGGACAGAGUCUCAUCAUCAUGUGGAAGGAGGAGAUCUUGGCACCGGUGAUGACCCGCUGAACUUCUUACCUCAGGAGGAAUUCCUUGGCAUCAUCCUUGGCGAUGGACUCGGCAAGAACGGAGAAAGUCUUGACAUUGACGCCAUUGAGGAGCCUACCCAGCAGUCUGGAGACCACGCAGAAGGUGCUCAACCAACCAGUACCAAUGCAGAGCUGGACUCUAUCUUGAGCUCCAACUUGGGACACAUGGUCCCAGAUGAUCUCGCCCACAUCGACGGCAAAGAAGUGGAGGAUUUAUUCUCAGGGGUGUUGAGUCCGACUGAGCAUGGGGUGACCAUGUCCACACAGUCAUCAAUGACAGCCUCUAUCGCAGGUGCAGAUGGAGUUAUGGGUCCCCCGAUGCACCAUGCUGGAGGUCACAUGAUGUCACACCCAGCUAGGCGUGUCCCAAGCAGCCUCCCCAUGCCUCUACUACAGUCACACCUCACACAGAAUGCCAGAGGACAGCAACCUGGAAUGGCUAGUCCACCAUUCAGCCCAGACUUUGCAGAGCCCCCAAGCCCCUGGCAGGCCGGAGGAGGAGACGUUGACGGCGAGACCCUGUCCUACAACCAACGUAACAUCAAGAAAUGGGAGAAGGACGAACCCCUAGGUCCCCUCGCUACCAUCUCGCCGGUACUCUACGCUAACCUCAACUUCCCUGACCUCAAGAAGGAAUACCCAGAUUGGCCGUCUCGAGCCAAACAGAUCGCGAAACUCUGGAGGCGGGUUACGACAUUAGACCGGCAGCCAUAUUUGCAAAGAGCCAGAGAGAACAGGGCCACGCAGAGACUCAAAGACGCCCAGAAGCUGAGUGAGGGAAUUCAGAGGAAGCGAGCGGAGGCCGCCCUGCACGCAGGUCAAAGUUCAGAAACUGGUUCCAUUGGUCAGAUAGAGGGCGCUCAAGUGUCUAAGGAUGGACAGGAUGCGAGUCAGCAGGCGAUGCAGAUUGGUUCACCCAAAGGCAUGACGCAACAAAACGCCAUGGGAGGCAUGGAUCACAGAGGGCCCCCUACACCAGGAGGCAUGAUCCAAGUCAGCCAGUCACAAGUCAUUCACGCUAACCUGCAUCUCCAAAUGCCCUCUCCAAUGAGCACAGCCACGUCCAUGGGACCAACAACUCCCAUCGGCCCAGGUACUCCUCAUGGUCCAAGCACCCCGAUGGGGCCAAGUACUCCAUUGGGCCCAGGCACACCCUUGGGUCCCAGCACUCCUCUCGGUAACUCACAAGGAAUGGAACCCAACAUGGGGCCAGGAACACCCAUGGGACCCUCAACACCGAUAGGACCUAUCACACCUGUUGGAAUGACUGGGCCACCAACACCUGUGGGCCCCACCACACCUAUGGGUAUGGGUCCGGCAACUCCACUUGGACCUGCAAGCGAUGGCAGUGUGCCUGGAAGUCAGGACGGCAGAUUCAGUGUCCCACCCUCGCCACAGAGCGGUGGUCUACCCUCCAUGUCACAGAAUAUGUCUCAGAUGCCUGUAGGCCAACAGCGACCCCAAAUCAAUAAAACUGGUCAGAUCUCUCCAAUGAUACAUAGUCCUAAUCCCCUCGGCAUCCCAAUGACAUCUUCAUCCGGAGAUCAGAUACCUGGGUUUAGCAUGGUGAUGAAUGUUCGACCACCUGGCCCAGGAGAUCAUGGUAUGAUCAGGGGGAACUUCCCCAUGCAGCAGGGUCAGCCGUUUUUCCCGUCGGCGGGACCUCAGUUCCGUCAAGGCAACCAGGGUGGACCACCUCAAAUGCUCGGAAGCAACAUGACUGAUCAAAUCCGGGCGCCUGAACCCGAUAAGAUGACCCAACGCCAACAUCUCAGAGAGCUGCUGUUCAAGCAGCAAGAACAGAAAAGGAAGCUAAGAGAAGCCCAAAUGCAGCAGCAGCAGCAGCAGUGGUUUGCUGAAGACUCGCAACGCCCACCACCACCUUAUCCUGUCGGCAGCCAAUUUAAUGUUGGGCCUAAUUCGGGUGAUCAGCAGCAAUCCAUGCAAGAAGGUAACACACACGCUGGCUACCUGGGAUCGAGAGCUUCCUUGCCAGGCAAUAUAAGAAUGGGUAUGGACGAUAACACAAGGCCUCGAUUUCCGUUUGGAUCACCACAAGGCAAUACAGAAGGGCUUCCUGGACCAGGCGAGUUCAUGACCUCUCAAAGCAUGGCAUCUUGGAGACCGCAAGGUCCAACUCCUUCCUCAGGGCCACGGAUGGGUGGCAAUACCCCUCAAAGACCACCCGGUCAAUUUAUUGAACUGAAACACCAUGAACAGGUUGGAAUGAUCCGAGGCAACAGACCUCGAUCAAUGGGCCUUGCACUUCUACAGGAAAAACUUCACCAACGGAGUGCUAUGCAACAGCAGCAACAGCAGCAACAACAACAGCAACAGCAACAACAACAGCAGCAACAGAGGUCCUUUCAACAGAACAUGGGUAGUCAUCCAAACCCUCUGGACCCCUAUGACCACUUGGUACGCAUGUCUCAGUCAGGACAACCUGUCCGACAUAUUAACCCAAGUCAUGUGAGUCCAGUGGGGAUGGGUCCAGGUGGUAACAUUCAGGUUCCGUCUAGCAUGGGUCUUCAAUCACCUGGUCAUUUCCCGGCAGACCAUCAGCAUCAGGUACCCUUCUCUGACAUGGGUAACCGAGGAUUAUCUCACCCUGGUCCACAACAACCACACUCCGGUCAGCACAACUUCCAAGACAUUCAAAACCAGGCAGGCUUUCACCCAGUGCCUGUCCCUGGAGGUCCUGGAUACCACGGUCCGCCCCAUGAAGGGAUGACUGAGGCAAGUCGGGAAGAACACGAUCAACAACUUGAAGAUCUCUUCAAUGGCGACUUCAAUAUUUUAGAGUAUGCUGAUCCCGACCUGGACACAAACAAGCACUCUGCUGAAAACCAACAACUCUUUAAAGAUCUGGGAUUAGAUGACCAGCAGGAGAACAAGCAAGCCUCUGAAGACAAAUCAAACACGUCUGGUCCCUCCACAAGACACCAGGCUCCCCAAAAACCGGACAAUAAGACAAAAUCCCCACCGGGAGAAACUCAAGGGAAUGACCCGCUGGCUUCUGGUCAAAGUACAACUCAGGCUGUCUCAGAAAGUAAUACCAAAAAAGAUGAUAAGCCACGGCAAGACUCACCUGGACAGAGUAAAGAAGAAUCUCCGAAGACUGUACAGGACAGGUCUCCUGACCAUCUAACUGUAAGCAGAGCAACUCAAGGGUCUUCUCAUUCUUCCCCCGCUGAGACUAGAACAGCUGUGGACGGAGAUAAAAUUGCCUCACCAGAGUCUACCGAAGAAAGGGUUAGUCAACAAAAGUCUCCUGCUGCCAAGAUUGAAACACAGAAUGUUGAAAAGAAAAGUGGAAGCUCGCCUGCUUCUGCGUCGGAGGCUGUUGUUGCUUCUGGAAAUGAUAUGCAAGGUACUACAUCUCCAUCCACGGAAGUUUUAAAAAUCAAGACUGAGCCAGGUCUUGAAAAAAGCAAAGGACAGUUAUGUGAGCAGAGCUCGGGCGGUGAUAAACCAGAGACAUCCACGAAACAAAAGGACAAAACUGAAAGCACUCUGAACAUGGAUGUUAAGACAUUAGACGUAGAUGUGCCGAACAAUAAACAGGAUAGUUGUCCAAGUUCUAGUCCUAAAGAUGCAAAUCAAGCUGUUGAAUCCCCGUCGGGAAGCCAGGCAAAUCAAAAGCUUGACUCAUCCUCACCCAGGCCCGCUGGCGACACAGCCAAUACAAGUGUCAUACCAAGUCCACACCAAACAGCCGACAACUCUCCCAUCCCAUCAACUGAAAUUGGCAAUGCAAAGACUGUGCCAAAAAGUCCAGGUACCUCUAGUCAUACACCGACAAUCGCCGGAGACAGUCCACUACCAGCUUCAAGCCCCCAGGUUGAUGGUGGGUCUGUGUCUCAAACGUCUGUCACAGCAGACUUAACCAUCGAAAAUGCUGCACCCCAACAAACUGGUCAAAGUCCUAAACCAGCACUGCAGACCACCACACCAAGCAGUUUACCCGCUACCACAAGCUCUACACCCGUAGUUCCGGCAUCUCCCAGUCAAGUCGUACCUACUUCUGCUUCUCUUCAAACACCCACACCUUCAGGAUCAGAUAUCGCAAAAACUAGCUCAUCCUCGGUCACCUUGUCAGCGCCAGGAGUGUUCGGGGAUGCAAAAGGAGGCGCCCAGGAGCUAGCUAAGAGGAGACCAAUGCUUCUCCAGGAUCAGCCUCUACUUCUCCAGGAUCUUUUAGAGAAGGAGAAGAUGGAGUUGAAGCAGAUUAAUCCAGCCUCGAUACCUCCAAUCUCUGUGCCAACAUCACUCGAUGUGGCAGCAUCGGGUAGCAGAGUGCUUAAUACCGUGCCUACAUCAUUGCACGGUCCAGUACCCGUUUCAUCGCCAGAUGGUAAAGCUGUGAAGCUCCCCACAUCUUCAGAAUCAUUUGGAGAUCUGAACCUGGAGAAAAUUCAAGAGCAGGCCAAGAUGUAUGCUAAAGAAGUUGAGGAUUUUGCCAGUAAACCUCCAGGACCCCAUGCACAACUGCUGUUAGCAAUGAACAGACAACACCAAGAACAGCUCCAGCUUCAGCAGCGAAAGCAGCAGCAGCAACAACAGCAACAGCAACAACAAGCAAUGGCAGGGGGCCCUGGCCAACAAGGCCCAAUGCGCCCCCCAGAUUUUGGAAAUGUGGUCCCGUUUCGUGGUCCCAUGCACCGUUCUCUCAGUUUGGGCGAUGCACAAAGACCGACUGGAGGAAUGCAGCACGAGGGUUUCUUGCCACAGCCUCAGGGCUUUGGAGUGAUGCCCCAGCGAUUCAACAUGCAUCCAUCGCAGUCCCCGUCUCCCGGAGUGCAGAGUCCUGGAAUCAGACCCCCUCUUGGAAGUCCAGACAUGUCCCCAAUACCCAACAAUCAGAUGGUCAACUCAGGAAAUACAAUGUUCAGCAUGGCACAGAGAGGUCAUAUACCAAGUCCAGGGCCAAAUUCCAACCAACUCAUUGGCAUUGGGCCACGAGGGCUAGCCCCAAGCCCGGGUGUCAGUAUACCAAUGCACAUGACAAGCCCUGGUUCUCGUAUGCCCUCCCCACUUGGAAGCCCAGGGACCCGUAUGCCAGGUCCAAUACCUAGUCCUGGACCCAGAAUGCCAGGUCCGAUCAUGAGUCCCGGUGUGAGGAUGCAGGGCCCCGGACAGGGUCAAGGAGUCAUGAGAAUGCCUGUUCGAAUGCAAGGAAUGCAGUCCCCUGUCUUUGGAAUGCCCCAGCUUCAUGGUCUUCCGAUGCAACAAGUGCAUGACCAGCCAAUGCCAGGAUUCGAUCCCUGGGAGUAUCAUGACGAAACACCCCCGGACACGCACAAUGUCGCCGAGUACGAAGAGUGGAUGCUCAGGAGAGAACAGUACCUCCAGAUGCGUCUGAAGUUCUUUGAAGCUGAGGUUAGCAAGGAGCGCAAAAAGAAGAAGGCUCUCUCUGCUCGACAGAGAUCCUGUAAAAAGAGCAAUAAGUUAUUCCCGGAAAGUGAUCAACAUGAACUUGACGGGGUCAUUCAGAGACAUACUGCUGUGCAGAAGAAGCUUGAGAGCAUUCGCAAGCAGCACCGACAGCACUCAAUUCUUAUGCAAGAGCACCACAUGAAACAGCAGCAGGAGCACAUGUCUUCCAAUCAGCACUCCCCGAUGGGCCGCCAGACCCCUAUGAUGCAAGGUGGGAGACAGACCCCAAUGAUGGGUGCCGGUGGACACAUGAUGGGUCCAGGUGGUCCCAUGAUGGGUAACAGAGGGCCAAUGAUGGGCCCAGUUGGGCCAGUCAUGGGACCAGGAGGUGCUAUGAUGGGUCAAGGGGGUCUCAUAUCCCGGUCAAACACUCCAAUUGGGAACCAUCCUGGCGCUGGGUCUCUGAUGGGUCGUCCUGGUCCCCAGAUGAUCCAAGGCGGACUACGCAGCCCUAGUAUGCCACACGGUGGAGCAAUGAUACCCGGAAACCCACAGAAUAUGAUGGGAGGCCCAUUCCUACAAGAUGGUAAUAAUAUGCAGCAGGGUGGGAUCCGACCGCCGGGUAUGGACGGGGUCAUUCAAGGUAUCUUCCCAGGAAAUACCAUGCAGGGAACAAGUAUACCUAUUGGGUCACCAAGUCAGCAACAGGCCAUGAUGCGCAGUCAACCAUCCCCCAUGGGUAUGGGUCAAGUAUCGCCCAUGAUGCAGGGUCCACCAAUACCUAUGGUACCUGGCCAGUCGUCACCGAUGAUGCAGAAUCAACCAUCCCCUAUGGCACCUAAUCAACCUCUUGUGUUAAUGCCCGGCCAGCCGAUACCAAAUACAACCAGUCAGUCGCCAACAAUCAUGAGCUCUCAAGCAUCUCCUUUGAUUGGCACCAAACCUUCGCCCAUGAUGGGUAGCCAACCACCCCCGAUGAUUGGUGGUCAACAGCCCCCCAUGAUUGGCAGCCAACCACCGCCCAUGAUUGGCAGCCAACCAUCUGUAAUGGUUGGUGGCCAGUCAUCGCCUAUGAUUGGCAGUCAGCCACCAUCCAUUAUUGGUAGCCAGCCUUCUCCCAUGAGCCAGCAGUCACCUAUGAUACCAAGUCAGUCAUCACCCAUGAUCGGCAGUAAAUCAUCGCCUAUGAUGACCUCUCAACCUCCUGCCAUGAUAGGCAGCCAGCCUGGUACUAUGAUGCCCCCUGGAAGCCAGUCACCAAUGUCCAAUGCUCAAUCUCCGAUGGGCAAAGCUACCCAACCAGCUUCGUUCCCAAACCAAGGUCCAAGUACACCAGGUGCACCAAAAUCACCGAUAUCGAUGCCACCACCGAGCAAGCUACCACCCGGCUCGGGCAUGCAAGGUUUAGUGGACCAGGCCUCCAUGCUGUCACCCUUGCAGAUCAAUCUUGGACAAGAUAACAAUCCGUUCAGCGAUGGGUUUAUUCAGCGCGAACGGAUGGAAAGAAUACGUGCUCAACAUGAGCGGCAACAUCAACAGUUGGCUCAAGAGGUGGAGCAAGUCAGAGCUAUGCAGCGCUUGGAACAGGAAAGAAUGGCCUUGGAGCUACCGUUCUUAAACCAGGAGGAAGGUGGCCCAUUCCACCCACAGCAGCAGGGGCAAACCUCGGGUGUAGUGCCAGGUCUUCAAGACCCUGUCGCAUCACCAGGCAUGGGUCAGUCUCCAUUUCAUCACCAGCAGUCGCCCAUACAGCCACCACCGUUCGGACCGGAUGGCAUGCCAGGACCCAUGUCGCUUCAUAUGCCACCUCCAGAUGGCUUCCCGAUGCCCCCGAGCUAUCCAAUGUCGCAGGACAGCAAGUCCACGGACAAGCCGAAGCGCAAGAGGACACGACGAAAGAAGACGGACGAUCUGAUAUCGCCACUUACCCCUAUGCAAAUCCCCAAUGAUGUGGAGCAGAUGCAAAACAAUUUGUCUUCCAUGCACACUGGUUUGGGCCCUCCUAUUAACCAAGGACAAAUAAACAAUGGUACUGUUGCCGAUCAAAUGCAAAGAGAUGUUUUAAACAAGCUGCACGCUGAGCUGCUGCGGCGGAGUUCCAUAGAAGCGGGGAGCGGGUCACCUGAUCAAGAUGAUAAGAGUAACAUUGAUCAAAGUGCCGAGACUCUACAAGGCAAGAUUAAUCAGAAUCUCUUACUGAAGCAACUCUUACAGGGCCCUUCAAUAUGCAAUAUCGGCACCAAACUGGCAAAAUUACCAACAGAAGAGGGUAUGCUUGCUAACCUAGACCAAAUAAAUGUACUACCCCAAUUGAAUAAUGCAGAUAAUGUAGAUGACGAGGACACCCAAAUACCCGAGCUGACUCCAGAGCAACAGAAGCAGCUUGAGAUGGUAGAGAAAUUGCCAUAUGUCAAGAAGGAUGGCAAACCGGCUGAGAAUGACCAUGAGAUUCUACUCAAGAUGCAUAAGCAGGCCACCGAGGAGAAAAAGAAAGACUUUGAAGAGACGCAAAAGCAGCGGCGGAAGGAGUUGCUGUUGAAGCGUCAACAGAAGGCCCUUGAGAAAGCGUUGGAGAAAGCCAACGGGGGCGGUAAGAAGCGCAGGAAAUCCAAAGAGGUGGAUACCGACAUCUUCGCCAGCACGGAGGAGCUGCUGAAUGCCAUCAAGCAGAUGCCGAUGCUGAGUCUUAUCGAGCCAGAGGUGAACAUCAACUAUGGUCUAUGUCCAUUAUUUGGAAGCUCCCUGCCAAAUGGAUCCAAGACACUCAAGGGGAACUUUGGUCAUGCGGUCAUUGAUGGUGUGGCUGACUUUUAUGCUAACUUUCCCAACGGAGCUCUUGAUGUUAACCCUCCCACUCCGCCCUCGUCGCUGCCUCCUUCGCCACCGAUCAAGAUGCCUGGAGGACUGUCAAAUGGACCCAGCCAGUUGUUGGAUGCUCGGAAGGCGUCGCUCGAUCAACUCAAGGGGAGACCAGGUGCGAGGGUUUUAACAGGGCAUGAAAUCAUGCAGGAGAUGCAAUCCCACCAGCGAGCCAUCACCCGUACCAUGAACCACGCCUACCCAGGGAUGGACCUACCCCCAUCGCUACCCACGCCGCCACCCUCCAGUAUCCUCCUUCGGGAUCACCUCAGCACGCCCGACGGCAUCGUGCCGUCCUCGUCACCAGAGUGUGAAGAAGAGAAUGAGCCGUACAGACUGCGUGGUCUGAAGCUGAUUACCGAUUCUGCUAUCGCUAUGUGCAUGGAGAGGUCCAUCUCGCCAACAUUCCCCGUCAUCAGACCAACACCAAGAAAAGCUAAAGCAAUGUUGAGCUCCGAGUUGGACCGAGCCAUGUUAUCGCCCACUCCUGGUACGGUUCCUGUGACGCUCAAACUGACCGAUGCAGCCUCAGAGAACAUGAAGAGCAUCGUCAAGUCACUCUGCGGUCUGCUGUGUGUACCUGAACCUCAGUCGUAUCACCUCGGAGGGGAACCAAGGAAAGAGUUGACGGCUACUAGUAAACGAGAAGCUCGACCAUCAACUGAUUCCAGUGUUUCCGAUCGUCCGCAGAGCACGGCAAGCAGUACGGCUGAGCAGCAGCUUCAGCAAGCCACAGGCAAGCAGCGAUUCUGCAAACACUGCGACGUAGUCAUUCUAGGGGAAGGCGUCCAGAAAUACACCGGAAAUCCUGCCGACCCCAAGGUGACCUUCUGCAGCAGCGCCUGCUACAUGCAGUACAGCAUCUCACAGCGAUCGCAGAUGCCGCCGCUGACCAAUCAGGAACCGGCCGGAGCAGUGGUCAAUCAUCUCAGCUCUGAGCCGUCGAGCCCCGCCCCAAAGACGCCAUCGUCAGUCACUCUUCCCAUAACGGUCCCCCCUCCUCCCACAACAACUACCUCGGCAAGUAAAGAUGCCGUCAAGGUGACACAAGUGACCUCGCCGAUUCCGGUGACUUCGACGGCCAGUCAACCGACAACACCGCAGCCCACUCCGGUUCCCAGUGUCAGGAUAGAGACCAAAGGUGACAUGGAGGUCAGCGGGGGAAAGCCAAGCAAGUUGGUGAUCAGACGGAAAGCUAGUACCUUGGAUGAGCCAUCGCAACCAGUUUCUAAGAAGUGGAAAAACCUGAGAUGGAAGAAAUGGACCGUUUCCAUAGUAACACACAAGAAAUAUCGGCCCCCAAGCGAGCAAGAUAUCGAUGAGCUGAUGAAGAAACUGGGUACAUCGUUGCGACCAGAAAGUGCGUUCAGAGACACCAGAGCCUGCUUGCUCUGCAGUGGCCUGGGGGAUGGAGAGACGGACGGCACAGCAAGGCUUCUUAACGUGGACGUGGACACCUGGGUCCAUUUGAACUGUGCCCUGUGGUCCUCUGAGGUGUAUGAGACGGUUAACGGUGCCCUGAUCAAUGUGGACAUUGCCAUUAAGAGAGCCAAGGCAGUCAAGUGCUGCUACUGCAGCAAGUUUGGCGCCACUGUGUCCUGUCACAAGUUCCGCUGUGCCAACGUCUACCACUUCGGCUGCGCCAUCCACGACCAUUGUAUGUUCUUCAAAGAUAAGACCAUGUUGUGUCCUCUACACGCCCCGUCCAAGGCAGCAGACAGUGCCCUUCAGAGAACUCACAUUGUCUUCAGGAGGGUGUACGUCAGUCGGGAUGAGAACAAACAAGUCGCAAGCAUCAUGCAGCAACUUGAUCGUAAACACACCCUACGUGUCGGCAGUCUCGUCUUCCAUUCACUGGGCCAGCUGCUGCCCCAUCAGAUGCAGGCCUUCCACUCGGAGAAUGCCAUCCACCCAGUUGGUUUUGAGACCACCAGGCUGUACUGGAGUAUGAGGUUUACCAACAAACGCUGCAGCUACACCUGUAGCAUCCAUGAUAGAGGAGGCAAGCCACAAUUUCAUAUCCGUGUCAUUGAGCAAGGCCAUGAGGACAUCACACUACAAGACGCUACACCAAAAGCUGUAUGGAGUAAAGUGUUGGAGCCCAUUGCCAAGCUGCGUCGAGAUGCUGACAUGCUGAAGCUGUUUCCGAUGUUCCUAACGGGAGAAGAACUUUAUGGAUUGACGGAACCUGCCAUCCAAAGAGUCAUUGAAUCGCUGCCGGGUGUUGAGUUGAUCCAGAGCUACAGCUUCAGGUUCGGCCGGUCACCCUUCAUAGAUCUCCCUCUUGCAAUCAACCCAACAGGCUGCGCUCGUACAGAGCCCAAGAUGAGGACACAUCUCAAGAGGCCACACACCCUGACCAGCAACACGACGUCCAGGUCCUUCCAGACGACACUCAGCAGUGAUUUUGCGUCUCCGUACAACAAGCAGUUUGUUCAUUCCAAGUCGUCUCAGUACAGACGUCUGAAGACGGAGUGGAAGACCAACGUGUACUUGGCACGCUCUGGCAUUCAGGGUCUGGGAUUAUUCGCCACCCGAGACAUGGAGAAGCACACGAUGGUCAUUGAGUACAUCGGGAAGCUCAUCCGCAACGAGGUCGCCAACCGUCUGGAGCACGUCUACCAGAUGGGCAACCACGGCAUCUACAUGUUCCGCAUUGACAAUGACACCGUCGUGGACGCCACCAUGAGCGGCAACCCGGCCAGGUACGUCAACCACUCCUGCAAUCCCAACUGCGUCGCCGAGGUGGUCAACUUUGACAAAGAGCUGAAGAUCAUCAUCAUCUCUAACCGGAGACUCAGCAAGGGAGAGGAGUUGACCUACGAUUACAAGUUUGACAUAGAGGAUGAGAACAGAAUCCCUUGCCUUUGCAGAGCGCCCGGCUGCCGGAAGUGGAUGAACUGAAUUCAGAGAACGUCCACGGUGACAACAAAAAAGAGCCGACCCUCACAGAGCUGUCCCUCGCAUAGACGUCCCUCUGACAUUCAAUCAUGGAUAGAUGAUAACAGCAUCAGGUUCGUGGACAAUGUGGGAGUCUGUCACUGAUUGGUCUCAGCAACGAUUCACGAGACCAACAGGAAAGCCUGGGCUCAAUUUCAUAGAGCUGCUUAAGCAGAAAAUAUUGCUUACAAAUUUUCUGCUAGGCGAGAAUAAUCAGGAUACCAGCUUUUUCUGAAAUCGUGCCCUGGACAUUGCUAAUCAAUUCCACUGCUCUAUAGAACUGGUGACUGCGCACAGUUUUAAUGCGUAGAUUUUAAGAUGCAAGUGGAGACUUGAAAGCUAGGUGGCAGCAGACUUACUUACCAAUGUAAAUUACCAUUGUUUACGUAGUUCUGAGCAUGCGCCCAUUAACGAGAACAAUGGUCUUUAUCUGGUAAGUCUGCUUCCACCCAGCGUUCAAAAGGUCUCCCAUUCGCAUGGGUGCCAAACUUGGGUAACUGUGAUCCAGUCUAAAGGGUAUGGUGUGAGUUUUAGCCGGUCACCUUCAUACGCUGACAUUGAAAUGACCACGUUGAGGUCAGGGAGUGAGACCACUGUACUGUGAACAAAAUGUGACUCUCAACGCCAAAACCAGGCACUUUGCGCUAAAAUUCUAAAAAAUGGGUUUGCUUUAUCCUCAAAUAGAUGCGCAUAAGUAGGAUUUGAAACUUUGCAUGGUGGGAGUAUAAUCAGGUGAGGUUUGAGGUAGCACCGUUUGUAAAUUUCCUUGAGUAGUGUUGGUUCUGAUAAGAACCCGUGGUUGACAUUGACAACUCUACUUUUCAAUUAGUCUGCUCUGAUCGUCUUCAGGAGGAAGACGAUCAGAGCAGACUGAAAUGUGGAGUUGUCAACCAUCAUUUCCUUGCGGAUGCAACACUACUCAAAAGAGAUUUACUCAUGGUGCUACCAUCAAACAUCACCAGAUUAGAUGCCAAUAGUAAGGUCUAAUAAAGGACCACACUGUAAGUUACAGAAUGUUUUAAGACCUAACAUUACGUUGAUAUCAAGGCUUUAAUACGUCACAUUAUAUCAAUUUUCUAACGCUUGGGAUUUGGUUGUAUUCACUUCUAAUGCCAUUUUGCUAUUCCUGAGAAGUGAUUGAUUUUGGCAUGAUUGGGUCACAAAUUUGUCAAAAGUGAAAACAUAACUUCAAUAAUUACAAAUGUAACACUUUUCAUGAGACUGCGAUGAUAAAAAUCUCUCUCAGUGAAAAAUUCCAAAUACUCUCCAAAUUUUCUGGGUUGAAUUUGAGUAUAGUGAUUUGUAGCGAAGAGCAAGAUUACAGUUGAAAAAAAACAAAGCAUGCAAUGUCAUCAAAAAUGAAUAAAUCUCUUAGAUAAAUGCAGCCAACUUUGUCAUUUGACCAUUCCCCAAACUUUUUUUUAGUGUAAAUACUAUAUUUUUAGGUAAAAAGAAGAAGAAGAAGAAGAAAAAAAGAAGAUUGAAAAUAGUUAAUUUUUGGAGAAUUACCGCAGCUCUACCCUCUUGAUUGGGGAGCGUAUUUUUGUUAUAUUUAGUAUAAACCUGAGAGGUACGUCUGUCGUGAAGUUUGUUACUACAAAAGCUGCCAUUUUUGAAGAUAACUAUUUGUCUUAAAUGGUUUUUAAACUUGUAUAGCUUCGUUUGUGAAUUCUUUUAUUGGCUUAAAUAUAAAAACAAAAUGUUGUCGGUUUACUCUCCUGGUAAUACUAUUGUAUCAUAUUUGGUAACAGAGUCGUUUCAAUCAUCAGCAGCAACAACAAUGAAACAUAUGGGGGAUUAUUGAUGUGUGAAUAGACUCGGCAGAUGAUGAGAGUGCUGUUAUGACACGUAGGGUGGGGGAAGGGGUCAUUUUGUUAUAAAGAUUGAAGUAUAUUUUAUUGGAGAUAGUAUUGUAUUUGCUUGUUGUCGUGUACUGUAGAUGUAAAAUUGCAAUUCAUCAUCGGGCUGGACAAAUGUACAGUUUGUAAAGUUUUGGUUUGGUUUGCUUUGUUUUCCUCUAUAUUAAUUUGUUUUCCCGUUUUAUUUUGUUUUCCUUUUGUGUAAAUACUUUUCCAACAAAAACUAAGAUACGACAUAAGAUGUAAUUAAUACCGGUAGUUUGUAUUUAAAAUUAUCUUCUACCUCUGUUUGGGUAGUCUUGAUGAAUAUUGCCAAUUCUUCGUAAGGUGCUGUUUCUCUACAAAAUGAAGCACUCUAUUAAGUUAGGACACUGUAAAUAGAUAAAAACUCCACCAGUAAUAAGAUCUCCUGACAGUCUUUAGAAUAUUGUUGUAAAUUAGACAUAUUGAAGUUUUGCGACUCUGAUUUUUUUUUUUUUUUUUUGUGACAGAUACGUAAUUUUAAACUAAAAUGACCGAAUCGUGGCAGACAAAUUAAAUUACUUUCAUAAAUUUAGAUACUCAAUUGAAAAAAAAUCAGUCAUAAUAUCGUGUAAUUUGCCCAAAUUUAUUUUUAAAAACUAAUUCACUACGAUUGAAACAGUAACAGUUCAGUAUUAGCAAAAUGAUGUAUUUUUUAGUGAAAGGCCAAUAAGGUGAUAAUCUAUACAUGUUUAGUUUGUUGUUUUGUCGUGAGUUUCAGAACUGAAAUCGGUAGUAACGGUUGCGUAACCGCUUGCACAGCAAUUAGAAGCUCUAGUGGAAAAAAGCUUCGCCCCAACAAUAAAUUUGUGUUUCUAAUUUGCUUUUUUUUUUUAUGAAACAAAAAUGAACUGUCAGCGACAAUCUUUUCUGAAGAAACUUGUUUGUUAUUUGAAACAGCAAUCUUGUAGCCACUUUAUUUAUGAACAGUUUAACAAAGAGUUAAAAAGAGAGGACUACAAAAAAAGGCAGAUGAUAUAUUUUACUGGUAUAUUAAUAUAAAAGGUUCAAAGGCAGUUCUUGUACAAAAUAAUAAUUUGAUGGAGUUGAAAUGAAUUUUUUAGCGUUUGACCUCCUAGUUUUGUAUGUCUCUCUUUUGUUUUUCUUUUUUGUUAUUAAAUAAUAAUAAUAAUAAUAAUAAUAAAAUGACAUCCUUUUCUUGUAAAUAAUUUCCCGAAAUAAAUGUGAUUGAACAUUAAAACUUUGAUUAACUCUUUUUGUGUUGUUCCCAGCAAGAACAGUGUAGUUAUAUUGUAGAUGAUUCAGUUGUAAAAAAAAAAAAAAAAAAAAAAGUAAAAAAAAACACCUUAAAAAAAAGGCCGGCCGCAACUGGCUUUGGUUUUUAAACAAUGUUAAUGUACUGAGUGGAAUGGUUACCAUUCUAGGUGUGUGGUGGAGUGAGUUUAGUGUCUGUCCAUGUCUGUCUUAUUAUAUUAAUAAUACAACAGCUGAAUGUGGAAUGCCAAUAAAAAUUUAUUAACAGAUACCACAAAGUGAA